UAAAGGUAUAUAGAACUUUAUUUUACCUAUUGUAUGAAUUAUACGUUAUUUUGUAAACCAAUAAUGUGUGUUUGGAACUUGGACGCAAUUUGGAUACUUAUAUUUGGGACAAAAUACGACUACCUUAAUUCGAGUCGCAAGCGGGCAUUCCUGAACAACUAUGUUAGAAAAUAGAAAUACAGCACUUUCAUCAUACUAUAUAAACUGUAUAAACAAUGAUCAUUUAUCAAGACUCAAGAGAUAAUCGCUGGUGUUUGGGGACUGAUGUCUAAAAUCUGAUUGAACUUAUACAAUAAUUGAAAUGAACGAAUAGACUGAGCAUGCGCGAAGAGAAAUGUCGCAUAUUUAUCUAUUUGAAUUGAUAUAAAAAUAUAAAUCAAUCAGCGACCAGCUCACCUCACAUAAUAAUAAUAAUAUAAUAUUAUGCUCACAUCGAAUCUGAAAUAUUAAAUAAGUCGUCGAUUGAUGUGCGUCAAACUGUUUACCUUUAUUGGGCUUUACUCGGACGAGAUGGGCAAUCAUGGGAAUAGUAGUAUUUUAGUUAUGGUUAUGGAUAAAUGCAGAUCAACACAACUACACGAGUUCAAAACGUACUUCGGUUAAUAUUUAUGUUCUAUGCAUGAUUUUGUUGUUCUCAAUAAUAAAUAGGCAAUGGCUCAACAACUGUCUGGUGUCACGGUGGUGAUAUUUAUAGCUGGCGGUAUAUUAACAUUUAUAUUGCUAUUCAUAUUCGCCAAGAGGCAGAUCAUGAGAUUUGCUCUGCGAUCUAGGAGAGGCCCGCAUGUGCCGAUCGGGCAUGAUGGGAAAAAAACUCUGAAAAGAGAAAUUGAACGACGAAUAGAAGUGGUUCCAAAAAUUGUUUUUGAACCAAAAUUAAUGACAGUUGAUCAAGACGAUGACCAUUCAAAAUAUAUAUUACCACCAGCUGAAUCUAACGAAAAACCAUUGCUGUCACAUCAUUAUCGUAUGAAAGCAGUUGAUGAUGUCAAAAAGUUAGAACGGGAAAUUACCAAACAAGAUAAGACAUUGACUCGCCAUCCAAAUGAAAAUAUUCGUUCAUUUUUACUAAAUACAUUAGCAGUACUUUUGGAUGGUAGUGGACAGCACAUAGUUCAUCAAUUUUGUGAUCUCUAUGAACAUGCUCGUUAUGAUCCAAAUGAAUUCACGGAUGAAGAAUACCAAUCAUUCAUAAGAUUAAUGAAAAAACUAAUUGAUAUUACCAAAUUAUUAAAAUCGUAUGCUGGUGAAAGUCGAAAAAAUAGUCCCAAUAAAACUCCAACUCGUAACAACAAUAUGCGAACUGGUACUAAUGAAAGUCUUAGAACAAAAGACAGAGAUUCAAAUCGCUUAAAGGUUGUAUAAGAAUUGAGAA